AUGGAGGAACGAGAAAAAGGGGGACGAAAUGAAGGAGAAAGAUGGAGGAACGAGAAAAAGGGAGACGAAGAGAAAGAGAAAGAUGGAGGAACGAGAAAAAGGGAGCGAAGAGAAAGACAAAGAUGGAGGGAAACGAGAAAAGGGACGAAGAGAAAGAGACCGAUGGAGGAACGAGAAAAGGGAGUACUAAGAGAAAGAGAAAGAUGGAUGAACGGGAAAAAAAGGGAGACGAAGAGAAAGAGAAGAUGGAGGAACGAAGAAAAAGGGAGACGAAGAGAAGGAGACAAGAGGGAGGAACGCGAGAAAAAGGGGACGAAGAGAAAGAGAAAGAUGGAGGAACGAGAAAAAGGGAGACUAAGAGAAAGAGAAGAUGGCUGGAAACGAGAAAGGGAGAACGAAGAGAAAAGAGAAAGAUGGAGGAACAGAAAAAUGGGAAGACAAGAGGAGAGAAGAUGGGGACGAGAAAAAGGGAGACGAAAUGAAAGAGGAGAUGGAGGAACGAGAAAAAGGGAGGCAAGAGCAAGACCAAGAUGA